AUGGUGUUGUCGAUGCUGUUGUCCUCCUCCUCCUCCUCGCGAGGACGACAACACGACGGAAGAGUUUUACGAGGAUGGCAGCGUUACGCGUGCGGGUGUCGCGACGACGAUGAAAACGACGAUGACGAUGGGAAUCUGACGAUGAUGAUGAUGAGAAAAAGCGCCUCGUCGUCAUCAUCAUCAUCGACUAACGCUGCUUUGAUAAAGAACGACAAAGAGGAAAACAGACGACGAGGAAGACGAGGAGGAGGAUUUGGAACGUCGACGUCGUUUUCAUUGAACAAGAACGACAAAAACGAGGAAGAAAACACCAGACGACGACGACGACGAGGACGAGAGUUUAGCAGCAGCAGCACUACCACCACCACCACGAGUACGAGUAGGAAUAGGAGCAAAAGUGAAACAAGCGACGACGAGAAGAAGGAGAAUAAAACGACAACAAUAAACGUCUCGUACCCGGCGUUUCAAGUCUGGGGGAGUAACACGGCGGUUGGGAAAACGCUCGUUUCCGGGGGGGUAAUCAACGCGGCGGCGAAAAGUUCUUCGUCUUCGUGUUUGUAUUUGAAACCAGUACAAACUGGGUUCCCGGAAGAUUCGGACGCGCAAUUCGUCGCCGAUUGUGUGCAUAGCGUCGAAAGCGAAAGCGGCGGCAGUUCUAUCAAAAGAAGAGUGACGACUGGCGCGCACGCCGCGAAGUGUCGCAGCGUUUCCACAGAAACAACAACAACAACGUCAGACACGACGACUACCGAUGAUGGUACGAAUAACACGAACAUUAUUAACAACGUCUGGUGUCACACGGAGUUUGCGUGGAAAAUAGCCGCUGGACCGCACAUAGCGGAGAAACUGGAAGGGAGACCGGUGACGGACGAGGACGUCGUGAACGCCGUGCGAAAUCGAUUGGAGGAGUUUUAUAAUAACGAUUUAAAUAACAACAACAACAACAACAACAACAAAUUCGCGCUCGUGGAAACCGCCGGAGGAGUUGCUUCUCCCUCAUCUUCCGGAAAUUUACAAUCGAACGUGUUAGCGAGGUGUCGAUUACCGGCAAUAUUAGUUGGCGAUGGACGAUUAGGCGGCGUUUCCGUGACGUUGACAUCGUACGAGUCUUUACUUCUGAGAGGAUACGACGUCGCGUGUAUCGUUUUAAGCAACGAAGGCUACGAUAACCACGAAGCGAUCGCAAAGAACGUCCCAUCGAACGUGAAAGUAUUCUCGUUACCAAAACUUCCACACGAAGGCGAUGGACAAAAGUGGGUUCACGCACAAAACGACGCGUUUCGAGACAUGUACGCCCAUCUUGUUCAAUGGCACGCGAAACGCGUGGAAAAGUUGAACGGAUUAGCAAAGGAUGCUUUGGAUACUUUGUGGUGGCCGUUUACGCAGCACGAGAUGGUUAAGAAAGAUAUGGUGGCAGUAAUCGAUGGAAGAUCGCAGGAUGACUUUGUCAUUUACGACCAGAAAACGGAAACAGUGCAGCACAGAUUCGACGCCGCCGCUUCGUGGUGGACGCAAGGCAUUACGGGCGACAAAGCGAACGAGAGUUUACAUCGAGCGCUCAUGCACGCGUGCGGUCGAUACGGACACGUUAUGUUUCCUGAAAACGCGCACGUGCCAGCGUUGGAAGCGGCUAAAGGUAUACUUAACGGCCCAGCGAAAACGUGGGGUAAAAGAGUGUUCUUCUCUGAUAACGGAAGCACGGCGACGGAAGUCGGCAUUAAAAUGGCCUUUCGACAGCGGUACGUUAAUCUUGGUUUACUAUCGAAAGACGGCAUUGAACGCGCUGAACAAGCGAAUGAUGCGAACGUGUUGAAUGCGUUACCAAAACUUAGAAUAUUAGCUUUAGAUGGUUCGUAUCACGGCGACACGUUAGGUGCGAUGGACAUGCAAUCGCCUUCAAUUUUUACCGGAAGUUUACAAACGCCUUGGUACGAACCGAGAGGAUUGUUUUUGAACGCGCCUACAAUUGGGUUGAAAAAUCAGAAAUGGACGGUGGAAUGCGCGGAGGAGUUAGUUGUAGCAAAAGGCUCGGGGCAGACUUCUUCGACUGCUGCGGUGGUUUUAGACCGAUUCGAGAAUAAAGCGGACGUGUUUGACGUGAAGAAGAGAAAAGCUUCCUCUGCGGCGGCUCGAUACCAGGCGCUCAUAGACUCCGUUCUCGACAACGCCGAACGUCUCGGUAAAUCCGGCGAGGCGCCUGAAAUUGGCGGAUUAAUCAUGGAACCCGUCUUACACGGUGCCGGCGGAAUGAUCUUGAUCGAUCCUCUCUUUCAAUCCAUCUUGAUGCAAAAAUGUAAGGAACGAAAGAUUCCAGUCGUCCUGGACGAGGUCUUCGCGGGCAUCUGGAGAUUGGGCGUAGAAGGCGCCUGGGAACUUCUCGAUUACGAAACGCCGGAUAUUUCGUGUUACGCAAAAUUGUUAACUGGUGGCUUGGUUCCUAUGGCGGCUACUGUAACGACGGAAGAAAUCUUCGAUUCGUUUUACGGACCGGGGAAGCCGCAAGCGCUUUUACACGGCCACUCGUACACGGCGUACCCGAUUGGAUGCGCGGUAGCCGCGCAAGCUUUGAAGGUGUAUACGGACGAAACUAUGAAUCCAAAUUUAUCUUUUUCUUCUUCUUCUUCUUUUACAUCAUCAUCAACAACAACAUCAAAAUCGAGAAGAUCAAUUCGAUUGAACGAAUUCUGGGACGAAACAACCUUGAAACGACUCAGCGCUUUAGACUCCGUCGAGAGAAUCAUUUCCGUCGGAUGCGUCUUUGCGAUGGAAUUAAAAGUCCCCGACGGUGGUCCAACUGGAUACGCCUCCAACAUCGCCAAAGAUGUCGUCUUAAAGUUACGAAAAUACGGCAUCCAAGCUCGUCCGAUUGGUAACGUUUUGUAUUUAAUGGCCAGUCCAACGACGCCGCGAGAAAGUUGCGAUCGAAUGUUACGCGCCGUAGUCGAGGAGUUAACGACGACAUAA